UCAGCCCUGACUCUUGACAGGUGAUCAUGAAGCUUCACGAAACCAUAAUGGAUAUGGAUAUGCCAGAUUAUAGUGUGUCGCUGGACUCUUCUUACACCAUGUUAGAGUUUGAGAACCUGCGGGUGCUACCCACAAACUCAGGACACAGAGACUCUGGCCUAGGUACCCCAGAGGCCACAUCACCAGAAUCCAGCCAAGCCAACUUGCUGACUAAUGGAAUUAAUUCUCUCUGUUCCAUCUGUGGGGACCGUGCUACAGGGAAACACUAUGGUGCAUCCAGCUGUGAUGGGUGCAAAGGAUUCUUCCGGAGGAGCGUCCGCAAGAACCACGUCUAUUCUUGCAGGUUUAACAGACAGUGUGUAAUUGACAAAGACAAGAGGAAUCAAUGCAGGUAUUGUCGAUUGAGGAAAUGUUUUAGAGCGGGAAUGAAGAAAGAAGCUGUGCAGAAUGAGCGAGAUCGGAUAAGUAUUCGCAGGAACAGCUAUGAAGACAGUGGGUCCCUCUCAAUCGCCAUCCUGACUCAAGCAGAAGUGAUGGCAACCCAGCACUCCUCCGUAAGCCCCACAAGUGGAACCGACGUGGCCACAAAAAAGGUGGCCACCAUCAGCGACGUGUGCGAGUCCAUGAAGCAGCAGCUGUUGGUUCUGGUUGAAUGGGCCAAAUACAUCCCAGUGUUCUGGGAGCUCCCGCUGGAUGACCAGGUGGCAUUAUUAAGGGCCCACGCUGGAGAACACCUUCUUCUUGGAGUUGCCAAACGAUCUAUUCCCUACACAGAUUUCCUGCUUUUAGGAAAUGAUUUCAUUAUUCCUAUGCACUGCCCAGAACUGGAAAUUGCUCGAGUUGCUAUAAGAAUAUUGGAAGAGUUGGUCAAGCCCUUGAGAGAAAUCCAAAUUGAUGACAACGAAUAUGCUUGUCUUAAAGCUAUUAUAUUCUUUGAUCCAGACUGCAAAGGCCUGAGCGACCCUGGAAAGGUGAAACGAAUGCGCUUCCAGGUGCAGGUGAACCUGGAGGACUACGUCACGGACCGGCAGUACGACUCGCGGGGCCGCUUCAGCGACCUCCUCCUCCUGCUGCCCCCGCUGCAGAGCAUCACCUGGCAGAUGAUAGAGCAGAUCCAGUUUGUGAAACUCUUCGGCAUGGCUCGCAUCGACAGCUUGCUGCAGGAAAUGCUCCUGGGAGGGAACACCACAGAGAUGCCCCAGUAUCAUUCGGGGAUGCCCAACCUAAACCUGGAGCCAGUCACAAGCCACAUCCUUCCCAAUACCCUCAGUUCAGUGAUCCAGGCUGCCCCUUCAGCAAGUCAGAGCUGCUCUUUUACAGAAGGUCACGCAUCUCCAGACACAUCUGUCUCUUCUCCUACAAGCCCUGGGAAAGAAGAUUACAAAUUGGACCCUGCCAGAGGAUCUGAGAUGCCCAUUCAAAUACUGCCCCAGACCAUCGUACCUAAGCAAGAGACUUUAUAAGCCAUGAAAGGGAAGAGACUUCAGCCCCCUAGGAAGUCAGCUACAAGCCAAUCUCCUUACCUUUCCAGAUGUGAGCUCCCAUGACUGCCUCAGCUCCACAGCCCGCUCAGAUUCCAGGGGCUGAGGAUCCAAUGGUCACAUCCAGUUGGCUACUUGGUUAGUACCAGGAUUUUUUUUGGUCCCUGGAUUGGUUCCCCAGGGCCUCUUUCCCUCUUGAAAAUAUAAGAUGGCCAAACUCUGGAGACACUUUAAAGUAAAUACCUCCAACAGCUGUCCAACAGAACUGAAAAAUCACUAUGAUCUAACUCUUAUUUGGCAGGAUUGAAAUCUCCGGCUUUUAUUACCAAAACACAAAGCAACAUGGAUCCCACUAAUUAAUGUCCUCAGCUUAAGAUUUUUUAGACCUGGAGGCAGAACAUGAACCCCAUACAUAUACAGAGAACACACGAGUGUAUUUUUUAAAAUAGCCCAUUUGCAAAUUGGGCAGAGGGGGUAUACUCAGGCAUCCACCUGCCAAUUUGAAGAAGGGCCCAGCCAUCUUUCAUUUAAUUCCAGAAACAUCGGCUGAAGUGCCUAUGUGCAUGGUACUGCACUAAUCACUGGACUGAUUUUUACAACAUACGGGCUCCAACCUCCCAGACAUCCUUUCCCUGUUUCCUCCAUCCUGCCACUCACACCUUAGCCCAUCUUUUCAAAGUAUUUCAAUGCAACGUCUACAAAAGACCACACAAUUUCUCCACCUCAACCACAUCACACCAAUACCUUAAAACAGUUAGGAAUAAUUGGUUAUUGCUGGGCAAUCUUGGUUUGGUUCUGAUAAGACACAAUAUGUCCAUUACAAAGUGGUGUAUGCCAGCUGUGUGACCACAAAGGAAUCGCUGAACCCUGUUGGCCUCAUCUGUAAAAUGGGGAUAAUUGGCAGUUCCCACCUUCCAGAUUGUGGUAAGGAUCAACGGAGAUUAUGUAUGUAAAGGGACAAGGUGUGAGGUGGAUAUCCACUAUUAAUAUGAAGUCAUGAAACCUCUCUGCAUUUUAACCACCCCAUCCCCACCUCCAUUCCCAGCUUCAGACCUCCUAAUCUCUCAGACUUCUACUAAACCAGUUUUUCUCAAUGGCUGAGUACUUGAAUCAAGCUUCAGGUCACAAAGGCCCUUUUGCCUGACACAGGUGAAGUGUGACAAUAAUGUGACAGAGGUUCAAAUAGAUAGAAGUUGAAUGUGCAAACAAGUGUUAUCCCCAUUCAUUUAUGGGAAGCUAUUGACAGAACUAAUUCUUGCUCAGGGCACUUCCUCUCAAAAUUACUUUUAGAGCCAAAAUCAUUCUUUUAUUCCCAGGGAUGACAAAUCUGUCCUAUGACAAUGGAUCUGAGUUUUGGAAAACAGCAGAGUCAUUCUGGGCCAUAGCAGGGGACUGCAGUAGGGGAUCAAACUGGACACAACCAUUUGGGUAAAAAAUGAGGGGUGAUACAUAAAAGGAAUGAGUCUGGUUUCCGCUCUGCUUACUAAAGACUCAAAUCAAAAUAGACUGGCUCUUGAAGGUCACUCCCAAAGAGGACUUGCACACAUAUUUUAAGCAAAGGCAGAAUCUUCAGCACAAGUAUAGCUUCCCAUGGUGAUUGCCUUGAAGGGGUUAACAUUAUCCCUUUGGAUGUGUAAAUUCUAAUCUGUUAAAAAAAAAAUCUGUCCCAUGACUAAAUAGUCACACCUUACAUAUGAGCAAUAUAAUUAAUGCAGGUAUUUUCACAUUAGUCAAGAGUUGUGAAAAUGUCUCAUUCCUGAUGUCUUCUUUU